GUUGCUACUGCCUUGAAAGUGAUAUUGGGAAUUAAAUACUGAGCAGCUUCUCAUCUUUCACUGUCUCAAUUGCAUUUAUUAAAUCCAUUCAUGAUAACAAUUAUCCGAAUAACAUCCGCCAGCACAGUGCUCAGCCACAGUUAUGUCAUAGCUCAGCCACAGCAGUCUAACCGUCACCGGCUCUCGCAUUCCCGAACUUAGUGGGUGUUGGCGCUGAACAAAAGGAACUCCUCCCCCCUCCUCCCCACUUCUUCUUCCCCUUCCACCACUUUACACUCCUGACGAACUCUCCCUCCGUCCCAACCUCUCAUAUCGUGUGUUUACCUGCUCUUCCCGCUACUUAAUCUCCCUUUACCACCGAAUAUAUCUGAACCGGCUGCUUCCGCGGGGUUGCGCUACCUGCGACCAACCCGAGAUGAGUUUGAAAGGCUUUCAGAAGAGCAUCGUUCGCGCACCGCAGCAGUUCAAGGCCAAGUUCAACAUUGGCGAGAACACCAAGGACCCUGUCUACCAAGAUGCAGAGCGCAGAUUUCAGGAGCUUGAGAAGGAAACUAAAAAGCUUCACGAUGAGUCAAAGAAGUAUUUUGACGCCAUCAAUGGCAUGUUGAACCAUCAGAUUGGCUUUUCCAAGGCCAUGACCGAAUUAUACAAACCCAUCUCCGGCCGUGCAUCAGACCCCAGUACCUACACCAUUGAGGGCAACCCAGAGGGAAUUCGCGCUUGCGAGGAAUACGAGGCAAUCGUGCGGGAUCUGCAGGAAUCGCUCGUCCCCGAGCUGGAAAUGAUCGAGACCCGCGUCAUCAGCCCCGCCGAACAAUUACUGGAGGUGAUCAAGGUCAUUCGCAAGGUGGCUGUGAAACGGGACCACAAGAAGCUGGACUUCGAUCGCCAUAACAACUCGCUCAAGAAAUUGCAGGACAAGAAGGACAAGUCCCUGAAGGAUGAGAAGGCGCUGUACAAGGCCGAGAACGACGUAGAGCAGGCCACGCAGGAAUACAACUACUACAACGACUUGCUCAAGGAGGAGCUGCCCAAACUCUUUGCGCUGGAGGCCGAGUUCAUCCGCCCGCUCUUUCAAUCCUUCUACUACAUGCAAUUGAACGUCUUCUACACCCUGCACGAACGAAUGCAGGGGAUCAACAUCGGCUACUUCAACCUGGAUCUGGACAUUGAGGAGGCCUACGAGGCGAAGCGUGGUGACGUCAAGGAGAAAGCGGAGGCGCUGACGAUCGUUCACUUCAAGGCGACGGGUGGCCGCCGGCCAGGGUCCAAGUUCGGUCCUAAGGACAAGCUGUCGCAGGAGAACAAGGGCGGCUACCCGUCACGAGGAAAGGACCCUGAUGUGGUCGAGAACCCGCCGCCCCCUUACUCUGCUGGCGCGGCCGGCAGCAGUUACACGGCCGCAGCCAAGAGCAAGCCCGCCCCGCCGCCGCCCAAGCCCAAGCCGGCCCGGUUCAACGCGCCCGCCGAGACCGUCACGGCUCUAUACGAUUACGAGGCGCAAGCGCACGGGGACCUCAGCUUCUCUGCCGGCGAGGUCAUCGAGAUUAUCCACCGAACCGACAACCAGAACGAGUGGUGGACCGGACGUGUCAGUGGCAGGGAGGGACAAUUUCCAGCCAACUAUGUCCAGCUCAAUUAGCAUAUUCUCUAAUACUCUUGCGAACCAUUGCAUGUCCCGUGUUGUUUACUUUGGACUAUCUGGAGUUUGUGGGAGCCACCACGUUUCAUCUUGAGGUGAAGUCGGCAUUCGUCAUUUCGUCUUCGUGUCUUUCGUGACGUUUUACCCUUAAGCUAUUUCUUCUUAUCAUGGCUUCUUUUUGCUAUAGAGCAUUUUGCAUGAUAAUGACUGUUCGCUGUAUAUACUUUGAAUCUUACGAUCUGUUCGAUCGACUGCAGUCGCCGGAUUCACCAAGCUCGGGAAAGCAGUGUGGAUUGUAGCGGGAUUAGACUGAAGUCUGCCAGGUGUUGGUCUACUGAUAUAUAGCUUUCAUCUGGUUAAUGAUUGCAUCAGUCAUAGUUUCAAGGAGUAUAGGUUAGAUUCACUAGCACAGGAAGAUGACAGCGGGAGCGAAAAAUGAAAUCGAGAAACGUCAAAAAAACG